CCCCUGCCAUUAGACGCGGAAGCCUGUUAAGUGAAAGCUUCUUCUAUUCCAUCCACAACCAUCUGAACCAUUUGGACUAAUAGAUGUUGGGCAGCAUAUUAUUUCGGCGCGCUAGUUAUUUGUUGUGCUACGUUGCUAGUUAUAGUAAGGUGACAACAGUCUGUCUACGGAUGUUCUGUGUAUAUAAUGUCAUCCUCUCAGUCGCCUAAUUUUUCUAUCGGAAAUUUGACCGAUUCUUCAGAGGCAGUAAAUAUAAUUGUUUUACAAGAAUCUAUGCUUACCAAGUUCGAAAAAACAAAUGAGAUGCUUCGAACGGUUUCUGAGCUUUCUGACGGAAGAUGUAGAAUACUGUUUACAGAAUUAACUGCUCAUACAAAGACAAUAACAUCACUAAAAAAGGAAAUGGAUGAUAUCUUCAAACGUAUCCGAUCCAUAAAAAAAUUAUUGUGUUCGAAUUUUCCAGAGGAUAUGGAAAGACUUCAUCAACAUUUCCGUAGUAGAGAUUCCGAUGAUAAUGAAGACUGUGAUGUUAUUCCGAAGGCGUUGCAGACAUCGGAUUGCGUAACAGUCUCUAAAACAAUGGAAACAGUCUGUGAGGACUCUUCUUUGGAAUAAAACAAACCAUAGAAAUGUUGAUAACUGUUUUUAUAUGAUUAUAAUAUCGUAUUUCAGUUUGUACUUUUAUUUAUUUAAAACAUUAAUAAGUGUUGUUAAUCAUUGGUUGUUUCUCUUUUCAGAAUGUUUUCUUGCCUACAGAUAAUCAAUGCCGUUUAUCAGGACUUCCAAUCCGCACAUACUUUACUAUCAUACUUAGUCUCGGAAAUUAAACAACUAGCAAAAAUUGAAGCUAGAGCAGUACGCGCUGUUCGUAUCGCUUUCGUCAUCCUAGCUUGUUUAUUGUACUUGUUGAUAGAGUGCAAUAUUAGUAAUAGCUUAACGUUGACAGCAUUUACACAUUUGUUGAUAUUCGACUUAUUAUCGGUUAUUGUCGCACUAAUAAGCUUUUGGACUAACAGAAAAAAAGCCUCCAUUGAAUCCUAUAGCUUGGGAUAUGAAAGAUUUGAAGUAGUUGCUGUUUUUGCUUCCACUAUCUUGGCUAUUCUCUUAUCGUUUUUCGAAAUAAAAGAGGCUGUCGAACGGAUAUUUGAACCUGCAGAGAUCUCUUCUAAUCAUAUGCUUACGCCUUGUUUAAUAGCAUUUGGUGUUCAUCUUCUUUCCGUUUAUGGAAUUGAUAAUAUGGCUUUUGCACAUGUUAUCCAAGCUUGUGGAUCAAGUUGGCUACAAGAGCAUACGACUGAUAUAAGCCGGACAAUUUGUCGAAUUAUUCCCGGGUUAUCACGUGUUCUUUUGCCACGAGUUAACCCAAUCUCACUGAUUGGUGUAAGUACAACUACAACUGUUUGUAUUGUUUACCUCAUAUUAAUCAAUAUGUCAAAAAAGUCACAACAUAUCAACUUUCCAGACCCUUUGCCUGAUACUUUGGGCGGAAUAAUAAUUUCCCUUAUGCUAUUUGGAACAAUGAUGCCUAUGAUGUUGUACAGUGGCCGGAUACUACUUCAAACAACACCCGCUCACUUGGUUAGCCCCUUAGAUAAAGCGCUUCGAGAAGCCUCUACAGUUGAUGGUGUUCUUGAGCUGCAAAAUGAGCACAUAUGGUCGAUUGGAUACAAGGACCUUGCAGGAAGUUUGUAUGUUCGUGUUCGCCGGGAUGCUAAUGAGCAGUUGGUUCUAGCACACGUAACCAACCGUCUUUCCAGCUUGGUGAAAUAUUUAACAAUACAGGUUUAUAAAGAUGACUGGACGCGAGCAACAAACUCGUUUAUCAUGAAUUGGUCACCCGCGAACAACGCGCUGUAUAAUCAGAACAUUCCUGGUACACAAGUUAGACCUGAUCUAAAGCAUAAUCUACCGUCAUCUUUACCUGCAUCAGCCUCACAUCACAAAACGCAGGAAGACAGUUAUCAGGAACCUCAAGUUAAUCCUAAUC